AUGGGGGUGCCUUUAUUUUUCUGGUGGUUGAUAAACAAGUACCCAGAUAUAUUAUCAGGCAAUUUGGAAGAGAGACGCACAUCUUUACUCAAUUAUGAAGUUGAGCUCUUCGACAAUUUUUAUCUCGACAUGAACCGAAUUAUUUACGAUUCUUGCCCUUACGACAACGAUCCGUAUGGACUGCUUGGCGUGAAAACUUUCGAUGAGAUAUUUAGCUGCGUGUGCGAGCAUAUUGAUCGUCUUUUCGACAUUGUCAAACCGAAGAAGUUGUUAUUCUUGGCCAUCGAUGGUGUAGCUCCUCGUGCCAAGUCGACUCGGAUGAGGCUUGAAUUAUUUCGUACGGAAAAAUUUGACCAAAUAAAAAAGAAAAUUAAUGGGAAGUUGAGGGAACAGUUUGAAGAGAAAGGAAAAGCCCUUUUGCCUGAAAUAGAAUCGGAAUUCGAUGGUAUAGCGCCCGGCACAGAAUUUUUGCACAUUCUCUCGAAGAAACUUCGAAGCUACAUAACCCUGCGGAUGAGCGAUAAUCCAGCUUGGCAAAACAUUAAGGUUAUUUUAUCAGAUGAAAAAGUCCCCGGUGAGGGCGAACACAAGAUCAUGUCGUUUAUUCGAGCUCAACGUUCAUCUCCAGGGUAUAACCCAAACACCACUCACUGUGUGUACGGAACGGAUGCGGACUUAAUUGUGCUCGCACUGGCCACGCACGAAAUCCAUUUUUCGAUUCUUCGAGAGGAACCUAUUUCGAAAGAUGAUCGAACAAACGUGUGUCAGUUUCUGAAUAUACGUAUACUUCGAGAAUAUUUAGCUUUGGAUUUGGAAGUUUCUAUUCCGGGAAAAUGUGAAUACGAUGCCGAGAGGGUUAUAGACGAUUUCAUCUUUAUUAGCUUCUUUCUUGGAAAUGAUUUUCUUCCACGUAUGCCUACCUUUGGAACCAACGAGGGCUGUCUUGAUUUGCUGAUACAUGUUUACAAGAAAGAGUUACAACGUUUCGGAGGUUAUUUGGUCGACAUGCAAAAGGCGGAAGACAAAUUAGGUGGAUACGUCGAUUUCGAAAGAAUAGAGAGAUUCAUGCUAACCAUAGGUGAAUACGAGGACAAAAUAUUCAUGAAAAGAUCUAAUCUAAGAGAGAGAAAAUUGAAGCAGACCUACGAUUUGUACAGAAACGCAAAUGAUCCGGAAGAUCAUGACGAAGUCAACAAAGAU